AUGCCCGAAAAGAUCAUUUUGCACUGGCUUAACUUCUCCAGAUCCCACAGAAUCUUGUGGCUCUUGGAGGAGCUCAACGUGGACUACGAGCUCAAGUUGUACCAGCGGACCAAAGAGUUCAGGGCUCCCAAAGAGUUGAACAAGGUGCACCCGCUCGGCAAGUCGCCAGUGAUAGAAAUUGUCGCUGCUGACGGCACCUCCAAGGUGAUUGCCGAGUCUGGACACAUCACCAACUAUCUCAUCCGUAAGUACGAUACCGAGGGUCGGUUGGUGCCCAGCUCCGACGACGACAAGGAGAAGGCCGAGUGGUUCCUGCAUUACGUGGAAGGUACCCUCCAGCCAUUGUUGGUGUCGCUCUUGGUGGGCGAAACCGCAAAGCAAAUGGCUCCGUUUGGAACCAAGUUUUUGGUCAACAAGGUGGUUAAGGCUAUGAACGACGGAUUCUACCUCAGCGAGUUGCUCAAGAACCUCGACUACUUGGAGUCCAUCGCCAAGGCCCAGCAUGCCAAGGGUAGCGAGUAUCUCGUGGGUGAUAAGUUGAACGGCGCAGACAUCUUGGCUUCGUUUCCCAUCCAGCAGAAUGUCUUCAGUAAUCCAGAGAGGGCUCAGUCCAUCUUUGGUAGAAGCGACGUUUACAAAAAGUACCCCCACUUGCACCAGUGGGCCCAAUUCAUUGCAAAGGAGCCCAAGUAUGUCAAGGCCAACCAGAUCAUCGAGAAGCUUGAAGGCAAGUCCAAGUUGUGA